AAUUGCGUAUGCAAAAUGUCUGCUCAUUACCAACAAUCCUAUAUACUUCAAGACCCCGUCGGGCCAGGCAAAGUAAGCAUAAACAUCACUGUAGAGUAUGUAACAGCGAUUCCCGCCAAUGUAGAGUCAGACUUCGUUGACCUGAUAAACAACCAAACAUCAGGCCUGCAGUGCUUUGAUUCUGCCGAUUGUCAGACAAAUCAAGAUAUAGAUGAGUCAACUUUAACGAUUGUGUUUAAUAUUCCUACAUCUCAGGGACCGGACAUUGACUAUAGUGACUAUAUAUCGAGUGGAAUACCAAAUGGUGCUUUACAAGAGGUAAUAGACGCUUUAAAUCGUCUGGAACAAACUGCCCAAUAUAUUCAAAACAAUACACAUGAGUUGUUUGACGUCACUAUUGACGGUGUGACGUACACUGUUGCAGACGACAGUUUAAACAUUGACGCAGGAGUCACAUGCAAUAACGGAUUCGCACCUUAUGAUGGCAUUUGUGUUGCAUGUCCACCGGGCACACAUUCUAUCGAUGAUGUUUGUACCUUUUGUGAGAAGGGAAAAUAUCAGUCGAACGCUGGGCAAACGACAUGUAUAUCAUGUCCGGCUGGGCAGACGACAAAUGCUAUAGGCUCAACAGAUAGCUCUCAAUGUAUAGAAGUAACCACAACCUCUACAUCGACUACGACUGAAAACAUAACAACGACUGAAAGCAUAACAACGACUGAAAGCAUAACAACGCCUGAAAGCAUAACAACGACGGAAAGAAUAACAACGACUGAAAGCAUAACAACGCCUGAAAGCAUAACAACAACUGAAAACAUAACAACGACUGCAAACAUAACAACGCCUGAAAGCAUAACAACGCCUGAAAGCAUAACAACGACUGCAAACAUAACAACGACUGAAAACAUAACAACGAAUGAAAGCAUAACAACGCCUGAAAGCAUAACAACGCCUGAAAGCAUAAUUACGACUACAAACAUAACAACGACUGCAAACAUAACAACGACUGAAAGCAUAACAACUCCUGAAAGCAUAACAACGACUGCAAACAUAACAACGACUGAAAACAUAACAACGACUGCAAACAUAACAACGACUGAAAGCAUAACAACGACUGAAAGCAUAACAACGACUGCAAACAUAACAACGACUGAAAACAUAACAACGACUGAAAGCAUAACAACGACUGAAAGCAUAACAACGACUGAAAGCAUAACAACGCCUGAAAGCAUAAUUACGACUGCAAACAUAACAACGACUGAAAACAUAACAACGACUGCAAACAUAACAACGACUGAAAGCAUAACAACGCCUGAAAGCAUAACAACGACUGCAAACAUAACAACGACUGAAAGCAUAACAACGACUGAAAACAUUACAACGCCUGAAAGCAUAACAACGCCCGAAAGCAUAACAACGACUGAAAACAUAACAACGCCUGAAAGCAUAACAACGCCUGAAAGCAUAACAACGACUGCAAACAUAACUACGACUGAAAGCAUAACAACGACUGAAAACAUUACAACGCCUGAAAGCAUAACAACGCCCGAAAGCAUAACAACGACUGAAAACAUAACAACGCCUGAAAGCAUAACAACGACUGAAAGCAUAACUACGACUGAAAGCAUAACAACGACAACACGUCCGGUCAAUCUUCCCAGUGGUGACGAUAUCGUGACAAUAGCGAUUAUCAUAUCAGUGAUAGCUUUAGUUAUAAUAGCUGCGAUAGUCCUCGUUUGGUACAGGAAAUGCAGACGACCAACGACAACGAUAGUAGAUUGCUCAACCGUAAACAUAAGAAUUGAAACAGCGAAAACACGGUAUACAAGAAGUGAUCGCGGGACUCAACCAAUGACAGAAUUAGAUGCUGACAACUUUCAGAGAGAUAGUGAUACCUGUCAAACGCCUGGACAACAUAAUUCACAAUAUGACAGAAUACCGUCUGCUACCAACAUGUAUAUUACGCCCGACAACAUAAGUUUAAGAUGCUAUAGCCCUCCUCCGCCUUAUGAAGCAGAUUUACCGGAAUAUACAGAAAAAGAUAUGACAUCUGUUGACGACACAUAUGACGUAAUUAAUGACAAUCCCCCGAUAACAAAGCUAUGAGUGAACUUUUUAAAGAUUUCAGACCCGAAUGAGUGUGGAUGCUAGCCGUUAUACGUGUAUUGGUAGUUUCUCAUAUGAUGUCGUCAAAGUAGAAAACUGUCGGAGGAAAGCUUUCGGUUGUUUACGCUUUAUUCCGAAGUUUGCCGAUAUUUACUGAUUUAUUAGGGUCUGUAAAUCUAACUUGAACAUUCCAUAUUUGACUACGUGAUAUACUGUUUAUUCAAAUUAGUUCACAUUGUUUACCAAGAUACUAACAUAAAGUGCUUCCCUCAG